AUGGACAAGGACGACGCUGAGAUCUCGCAGGUCGAGGAGGCUGAACGCGACAAACAUGAACAAAAGUCGGCCGCUGAUCUGGAAACUGACGGCAAGGACUGGACUCCCGCCGAGGAGCGAUCACUGGUAAAACAGAUUGAUUGGCAUCUCCUACCCAUGCUUUGCGUGAUCAUGGGUCUCUCGCUCCUCGACCGGGUCAACAUAUCCGCUGCCUAUGUUGCCGGUAUGAAGACUGAUCUCGACAUGGAAACCCCAGGGGCGCGAUAUUCAAUCUCUCUUCUCCUGUUCUUUGUGACCUAUGCGAUUUUCGAGCUUCCAUCCAAUCUCCUCAUUCGCCGUUUCGGCGCGAGGUAUUGGUUGACUGGGCUCAUUAUCGGUUGGGGAGCGGUCAUCAUCGGCAUGGGAUUCAUCCAUAGCUGGGUGGUCAUGGCCGUUCUGAGGCUCCUCUUGGGCGCCUUCGAAGCCGGACUGCUACCCGGCGCUAUCUUCUUACUCUCGGCCUGGUAUACGAAAUUCGAGAUGGCGCGCCGCAUCACCAUAUUUUACAUGAGUUCGCUGGUAACGAAUGCUUUUGGCGGGAUCUUCGCGUACGCACUCUCCAAGAUCAGCGUCGGCUCCGGAGUUUACAGCCAAGGCUGGAGAUGGAUCUACAUUGUUGAGGGAUUGGCCACCGUCCUUGCUGGCUUCAUAGCAUUUUUCACUCUCGGGGAAUUUCCCGAACACUCACGAUGGUUGUCUGAUAGACAGCGCCAUAUUGCUCUGAAACGCGUCGCCCUGGAAGCAGGGGGCGAGGAGUACGAGCACGUGAAUGUAAAGCAGGCAUUCCGCAUGUUGCUAGAUUGGAAGGUUGGGGCCUUUUGUUUGAUGUACUACAUCAGUGCAUCAAGCGUCUACUCCGUUUCAUAUUUUACGCCCGUCAUCCUCAGUGGUGCGCUGGGAUACGAUCAGUCAACCACGCUAUUGCUGACUAGUCCACCUUGGGUCUUCUGUAUCAUCGUGUCGAUCAUAAUGGCCUUCAUAUCUGACAGGUACCGCACACGGUGGCCGCUCAUUCUGAUAACUGUAUCCAGCAUUGUCGGAUUGCUCAUAGUACUCUAUGCACCCCCGCCGGGUGUUCGACUUUUUGGGCUUUUCCUUGCGACAUAUGGAGCACAAUCGAAUGUUAUAUCGAACCUCAGCUAUGCCGAGAACAACACCAGCCAUCCGAGCAAGAAAGGUGUCAUCACAGCGGCCAUGAUCACGAUUGGCGCAGCAGGGGGGAUCACGGGAAGUACCAUUUUCAGGUCUCAGGAUGCUCCCAAAUACAUCCCAGGAAUGUGGGCGACACUUGGUUUCCAGUUCCUGUACAUUGGUGUGCUGGCCUUGAUGACCUUCCACUUCAAGCGCAAAAACAGAUUGCUCAGAGAGGGAAAGAUCGGACCCAUUGAUGGCUUGCGUGGGUUCCAGUAUGUUCCUUAG